UUUAAUAAGUAAUCUAUGAAGUUAUUAGAUGUUAUUAGAGAAUUUGAGAGAGGUUUGGUAUCAAUAUCAACAAAAAGCCAACUUAAGUCAUUGGGGGGUAGGGGGAGUCAAGCUUGCCCUGCCACGUUCUUGGGCAGAACAUGAACUUAGCGAAAUAAUUUUAGAAUGGAAUUUUCUCUAAAUGUUCUAAUGGAAUUUUCUUUGAUGAAUUUAUACAACCGUAGCCUCGUUAUCGAUUAGGCUGUUAAGUACUUCAGGUAACCAAUUUUGUGCCUGACCCAACUUCAGCAAAGAGGUUCUCUGUCCACAACUUCGGUCCUCCUUAAACGAUAAAUUGAGUUGGCAAGCUAUUUGAAGAUGCUAUGAAAACGAAAGGACGAUGAACACAAUUAUCUGAUCUUUUUACAAAUAAUGGCUCCCGGCAAAAAGGACCUUAAGGAAGAAAACGUUUUGAUGUCAAGCUUAGUCCCACUUGAAAAGCGAACAAAUGAAAGUAAACUGAAGAUUGUCUGCGUUGUUAAAGAUGAAACAAAUGCAGAUGGAAAUUGCAGAGAAAUAGUUCAAAAUCUAUGCGGUGAUACCUCAGUGAUGAAAUUCUAUGAAUUUAUUGCAGAGACAGUUGGCUAUGUCGUACAGUCAUUUUCUUUGGUGUUUUUGAAACCUACCUCAGAUGGAAAGAGUUUUGAAGAAGUCAUCCUUGAAAACGAAAGUUGCACUACUUUGGCAGAAGUUGUUGGAAAAUCAAAAGGGAAAAGAAGUAAUUUUUUGAUAAAAAGAAAGAAUGGCAAAAAUCCAGUUAAUAGGAUACAGCAUCCAACGGACUCAGAGGAAUCUUCUGAAGGAAAUACAUAUGCAGGAGUCAGUAGCCUGUUUAAGACUGAGACAAGUUUCACUAUCCCAACUGUUGCAAAGUCUGAAUCAGGUUUUGUUGGAUUGAUCAAUCAAGCUAUGACAUGUUACUUGAAUAGCCUCUUGCAGACACUUUUUAUGACACCAGAGUUUAGAAAUGCACUUUAUAGAUGGAAGUUCGCAGGAACUGCAGCAGAGGCAUCAAAAAGUAUCCCAUACCAACUUCAGAGGCUUUUCUUAAAACUCCAAACAAGCAAAAAAAGAGCAGUAGAGACGACUGAUUUAACAAAAAGUUUUGGGUGGGAUAGCAGCGAAGCAUGGCAACAGCAUGACGUGCAAGAGCUCUGCAGAGUGAUGUUUGAUGCUUUGGAAGAAACGUUGAAGGAUACAGACCAGGCAAAUAUGAUAAACCAGCUAUACCAAGGGAAAUUGAAAGACUAUGUGAAAUGCCUCAAAUGUUCUCACGAAAGUGCCAGAACCGAUAUGUUUCUUGAUAUACCUCUAUCAAUACGCCCUUUUGGAUCAAAUGAGUCAUUUGGGAAAAUUGAAGAUGCCUUGAGAGCGUUCAUUGCUCCAGAAAUUCUUAAUGGAAACAACCAAUAUUUUUGUGAAAAAUGCAAUCUGAAGCAAGAUGCACACAAGGGUCUGAAAUUCGUCACUUUUCCAUAUUUACUGACAAUUCAACUGAAGCGCUUCACAUUUGACUAUAAAACUGGACAGCGGAUCAAACUACACGAUAGAGUCGUAUUUCCUGAGAAGAUUUGGCUUGAUCAAUUUCUUCACAAAGAAGAGGAUAUUAAGACGAAGCCAGUCCACACUUCUAGUUGUAAAACACACCCUUUGGAAGAAAAAGUUGCCAAUGGCAUUGAUGCAGAUAGUGACAACUGUAUCAAUGGAAAAGAAAUGGCCGCAGAAUUGAAAUCAAAUUCUGCUACAGACAACCAUAUUAAAAAUUCUUCAGAGUUUUACGAGCUGUUUUCAAUUAUGAUUCACUCUGGAAAUGCAUUAGGUGGCCAUUACUAUGCCUACAUAAAGUCAUUUGAGAAUGGAAAAUGGUAUUGUUUUAAUGAUCAGCAUGUUCAUGAGAUCUCUAAAAGUGAGAUUGAGAAAUCGUACGGAGGACUGGAUGCAAGUGCACGUGGUUUUUACUCAGCCACGUAUUCAAGCUCAACCAACGCUUAUAUGUUGAUGUAUCGAAAAAAAGAUGGCAAUGAGACUUUUGAUGACCCGACUAGCUGGCCUGAUCACAUCAAAUCAUUACGCAGAGGCCUUGAAAGAGAAGAAGAUAACGAAAAUGACAGGAAAGCCAAGGAGAGAGAUGUCUGUAAGGUUCGUCUGUUUUGUAAGCAUCCAACAACUGGCGAAUGGAUGGAAAAAAAGCUUCAUGUUGAACAAUGGAAAACACUGAAGGAUGCAACAGAAACAGCCUGGAAACUCCUAGAACUUGAUAAAUGUAUCAAGCUUGAAAAUUGCCGUCUUGUUAAAUAUGAUGAUUAUUAUGGCAGCUUUGAAAGAUCUUAUGAAGGAGAAGAGGGUACAGAAGUUGGAAUAUUAUUGGGUGGAGUGAAACAAUCAUAUUCAUUUGACCUUUUAUUGGAAACAAAAAGUGAUGAACAGGAGUUUCCCGUAUAUGAACUAAGAGGGACAACUAUAAAGAUUCAUAAGGUAGAUCUCAGAAAAUCUGAAGUUUGUGAACCAUUAGUGUUGCAUGCAAAAGCCGAAUAUACUGUAUCAGAUCUUAUAAAGGCUUUGGAUAAGGAGUUUAAAUUUCCAACCAAUCUUAUGAGGAUUGCUGUUGGAAAAGACAGUAAUGACUUUCGUUUGUUGAUUGACUCAAAAAAGACAUUAAAAGCUGAGGGAUUUUACAAAAGUACAAAGAUUUUUGUUGAAACAUCCGGAGGACCAGAUUCAAAGAUGCCUUUUGAGGAUUCUGAAUUUGCGAAAGUAUUGGAGAAACAUGCAAAUACAAUAAGCCUGAUUGUUGAACUUCCCUAUAGUGAUGAGAUAACAAAGCAAGCUAAAGAGAUUAUCAUCAAAAUUGAUAAGAGAAACACCUUGGCCAAUUUGAAGGAACAACUUGCAAGACAUGUUGGUGUCCAUCCGGAUAAUUUCAGGGUUUAUCGACUGUACUCGAAUAAUCAAGAGUAUGAAACAACAAGGUUGAGUGAGCAACUAACUGCAUACAGUGAUGAAUCAAAAAUUAUCAUUAGACUGGGGAGAGCUUUGAAACCAGGAGAAACAAGAAUAAAGGUUUAUUUGCUUGAGCCAAACAAGCAGGAGCAUACCAGGUUCAUGAUGGAGACUGUUGUAUCUGAGGGUGUGAAAAUAAUACAUUUAAAGAAGGAAGUUAUGAAAGAGUUAAAGAAUUGUUUUGAAAUUGAGGCAACAAGCAAUUGCAUUCGACUAAGGAAAAAGUCAUGGAAGAGCCCAAGCACUAUUUAUAGUGAUGACUGUGAAUUUGAAAAAGACAUCAAGCUUACAGUGAAUUCAGAAUUCUUUGUUGAAGUCAUUGAUGAAAAUCUACAAAAAUCAUCUUCAGACAUCCUUAGCAUAUACACACGAAGAUGGCUACCUUCUAAGUAUAUUUUUGAGCCAAUCCAAGAAAUUCAGUUGGAAGAGCACUCCAUCAAGAGUCUUAAAACCAAGCUUUCAGAAGUUAGUGGAUUACCUGAAAAUGACAUUGAAAUUGCGAAGGGAAAAGGCUACUUCCCGUACCAGUCUUCUGUCUUUGACAUUGAACAAGAGUUAGACUGGGAUCCAGACAUCUCAAAACUGAGUGAAUACCCCAUCGCAAUUAUGGAUGAUGGAUGUGUCAUUUACCACAAAGAUAAAAAUGAAGAGUUAGGAGAGUUAACAGAGGAGAAGAAGAAGGAAAUAAAAGAAAAGGAAAGAAAGAGCCUUCCACAAAACAGCACAGCUACAUCAUACACUCGGAAGGAGAAAGCCUUAAAAAUUUAUACAAAUAGAAACUAGAUAACUGUAAAUUUUCACCAUCAACUUGUAAAUAUUCAUUUGUAAGGAAUCCAGACUGUGGUAGCUAUAACCGAGUUUUGUUAUUUCUACACACCAUUAGAUGCAAUUAAGAAAUUAGGCAAGUUUUAGGGGUGCAUUUAAAAUUUGUUUACUGUGAGCAACAAAUGUUACCAUCUUGAAUUAAGUAAGACACAACUUUGUAGAAAGCUUUACUAGAAUAACAGGUUUAUUAGAAACAAAGUAAUGAUACAUACAAACAGUAGCUGAAUAAACAUUUAUAAAGAUGUUCUGCAACAAUAUAUUUACAAAGUCAAGAAUCACAAUUGUUCUUGUUUUUGUUUCAACAAGGAGACUGUCACUCGUGUACUAUUUGUUAGCUAAAUAAUUGCACCUUUCUCUGGACAGUUACUAAAAGUUGCUGACAUACACAUGAACUCAUUAUAAAUUCAAUCUAUAUAUCUAUUUGUUUUGCCAAAUUUCUGCUUAAGUUGAUUAUUUAAAUAUAUUGUUAAAACUUUUUUGUUCCUUUCUGUGUCAAUGAUAGUCAAGGUUGGCCAUAAUUUUAUUCAAGUGACAAUAAAAAUUUUACAAGCCCAAAGCAACAGGAAAUAUUCUGUUGAUUAUUAUAUUAUAAAAUAAAGAUUUAAACUUUGGGUGUUGUGUUUAUGAUUUUAAAUUCUUUUCCUCUCUUUGUGUUGGCUGCAAGAAUUCUUUGAAAUACUUAAUGAAGUAGAAUGAAUUUGUUAAAUUGUUGUUAUUUCCAUUGUUGCCUUACUAUUUUAUAAAUUUUAUAGAUAGCUUUUGAGUGACACAUUAUGUCCAAUUUUAGUGACUUAAAAAGACUUUGUUGCUCCAAGCUUUUUUAUACUUUUAGAUUUAUGCAAAGCCAGUGAGAUAUAUUUGAAAUAAAAUUAACCUCAAGUCAACAUCUGAGUUUUUUGGAAGGUAUGUCUGUUAAUUGUUAGGUGCGAGGAUGGCUCCAAGGUUCUAGUCCCUGACAUGACCAAACAUUUCCCUCAGAGUAGGGAGAGUCGCAAAGGCGUAGGAACUACCAGGUGUGGUUACAUUGAGAGGAAGGACCAGAACACUGCUCGAUAAGCAUAGCUUUUCAGUGUCCUAACUUCAGAACAGGGCCGUAAAUCCCGGGGAGACAGGGGGAUAGGACCCCCCCCCCCAAAAAAAAAAUCUGGAGCAAAAUGAUUUAUUUUAGAAAUUAUUGUCAAUUUCUUUUAAAGAAAGGAACCUCCAGUAGCUGGGUUAGAACCUAACAAAGUUUUGCUGAGUUAUUUCAACAUACCUCAGCCACUAUGUCAUGGUGACUAUUGUCAAGCGCAAGUUGACUAUUGUAGAUGGCUUAUAUUUAUGUUUGCAGAGUGGUGUCGAGUUGAUGAUGAUGCCCAUGGAAGGGAUUAGCCCCAAAUAUCUUAUCCACCGGUCACCCCUUGAAUAAAUCUAAAAAAAACUCUUGUUUAAGUUGCCAUAAAUCUCGACAAACCCACAUAUUACACAUAAUUUCAUACAUGCCUUUUUAUAAAAAUCCUAACUCAAAACCUAGGUCCUAAAGUUCCUAAUUUCUGGUACCAAGACCUUCAUAAUAGCUCCUUAAUUUUAACUGCACAUUUAGUGACAUGAUAAUAGCAAAGACAGAAAAAAAUUAUGAGUUUUGCUUUUAACUGUAGCUAGGAACAAGGCCAAAAAACAAAGAGGGCAAGAAGUAAAAUUAAUUUGCGUAAAAGUACCAUGUCGACAAAGAAGUACUUUUGCAUUUAAUAUAGAGAGAAGCAAUGACUAAACUCUUUAUUAUUAGAGGCAAUAAAUUUUUCCCAGCCUCAAUUUUUUAAAGAAAAUUUUCAUUUGGAGCCCGAAUAUAUUCUUAGAUACAUCCUAAUUUUUUCAAAUCUGAUAUGGUUUCAAGAAAAAAAUACACUUGCUCUCGAAUAGAAAACACCUUUUUUUUCUUCCCUCCAAUGGCUGUCACUAGAAAUUAAGCAUUUCCCCAACAUUUGUCACUAGACUCUUCCCCUUCCCAAUUUCUCCCAGAAAUAAUCUGUGUUCUUCUGAGAAACGUUGAUUUGUUUAUCUUGAACGGUAUAGUAUUUUGUUAUACUUGGUCAGGGAGAUGCUUUUAUAGCUAUUUAGAAGGUAUGAUUUCAAAAAUUUCCUUUCACGUCAGCCCCAACCAUGAUGGGUCCUCCUACGUCACUAAACAUGAUUCUCAGCCCCCAGGUUCAAUUUCUUCAAGCUGUCUCUGAAAAAUAUUAUCAACUCAGCUAUAAAAAAGUCAACAUGCAAAGAAAUAUUUGUAAAUACCUUCUAUAGGGCUGAAAAACCUUACUAAAUCUAAAAAUCUUUUUUUUGUUUAUUAAGUCGUUUGCCCCUCAAACUGUUUCCUUAACACAUACCAUAAAUUGCAUGGUGGUGCAAUGACCCACUGCACACUUUAUAUUCAUUCGAUACCCCCCCCCCCCUAAUUGUCCACUCUAGAUUUCAUGGCAGUUUUUGACAAGAACUCGGAGUGCACACAAGCUUUUACCCGGGAGUGCAAGAGUGCCUUUGUGAUAAGUGUGCAUCAAAUUUCUCAGUGAUUCUUGAGUGGGUGUAUAUUUUGUCUGGCACUUUUCCUGUUUACAUCAAUUUCAUAUCUCUGGGGAAUUCUUAUUUGAAGUUAAACUAUGCUUACCUAUCACUACCAUCAGUGUCCGUUAUUAAAAUUCCUAAAGAUUUGGCAAGUAAAGAGAUGAUUCAAAAAAAUUAUCAUUAUUAAAAAGGCAUUAUGUUUAAAAAGACCAAAAACAUGAUUUCACAAGCAGACCCAUGGAGAGUGGGGCAAAGGGGCCAAUUGCCUAAGGUCCUUGAUGUCUAGGGAACCUCAUAAAAAAGGAAUUCCAUUUUAAGAAUGGAAUUUAAUAUUUGUUUAUAGUUGAAUGAUAGUAAUCUGAUUAUAGAAUGGAAAUGAUAGUAAAAUGUGACAAUGAAACAAUUGAAACAAAGUAAUAUUGAAACAAUUGCAAGAAAAUGACUGCAAACAAUAUUCUGCAGAGUAGUCUGCAGCCAAUCUAAAAAAAGGGGUCACAAUAAUUUUCUGCUCGCCACGCUUGCAAGAGUGCCUUUCUUUUUCAGUUUUGCCUCAGCUCCACAGAAAACUUUUUGCAGACCCUAAUCUAAAGUGGAUUACUCAAUUUAGAAUGAUAACAUUCUUUUCCAAUCUCAGUUGCGGACAAAUUUAAAAAGUCAUUUUGCCAUAUUUGAAAAAAACACGCCCAAAACCAGACCUUUCUAAUUUGAGCCCCAUCAAAAAACACGACCAAACCACGCCCAUCUUUCGGGUAUGCAAGAGUGCACCCAUUAUUUUGCAAAAAUCUCUCGAGACUGCAGCUGUCAUGGAAUCAAUACUGGCCAAUUGACAUGACAGAUUUACGGCCUUGCUUCAGAAGCUAGGUACCAAACAAUACUCCCACAAUCAUACUCUGUUUAAAGAUAGGGUUACGAAACAGUUAGAGAAUGCACCUGAUUUGGGGAGGGAAGGUGGAUGUGAAAUGGACAUUCAAAACCCCUUUACGUUAUUUUGUAUUCUGUGCUGUAUUUUAGGCUUCACACUCCACAAGAACUAAAUUUCUAGCAAAUAGAACUUUGGAAGAGGUCAGUCAACCACAAAUCUCAUUUUACACAAAACUACGUUUUCCUUGGAUUUCUUUUGAAAGUAAAUUUGAAGAUUCACUACUUGGUUUUCAUGAAGUUUUUUUUAAAAGAAAGCAGUGCUUCUUCCAAAUACUUUGCACUUAACCCCUCUUCUACUAAAACACACGUGACGCCAAGUUUACUGAUGUCAACAAUAUUUCUGUGUUCGUCGUCAAAGAACACCAUCUCGUGGUAAUCAAACCCACUAUUUUCUCGGAACUUCUGAAAAUGUUGUGUCUUCUUUCCGGGAUAAAUUUCCUUGAAAUCAAAAUGGUGAUCAAUUCCAAUUACACUCAUUAAAUCCCUUGCCGCUUUUGGUGUAUCAGUUCUUGAGGCAGCAGCAAUUUGACACUUAAAAUGCUUCAAAUUGUCCAAAAUUUCACGUACUCCAGGAUACAGUCUUAUCUCUUUUCUGUAGGCGUCUGAAACACGUCCAUGUUUGUCCUUAACAAACGGUGGUUGCACAUGUGUAUCAACCCAGAAAGGCCAAAGCGUAUAAUCUAAAUCAAAAACAAACAACUUCGGCAGUCCAUCAUUAAUAUACUUUUCAAUAACUUUCUUUAUUUCUCCCAUUUUCAACCACCGUCGUCCAUCUUUUGGAUCAGCGUUCCAAGCACAGGGGUCCAACGGAUAUUAUUUCCAUAUGGGAUACCUAGAAAUUUUGGAAACUUAAAAUUAGGACAGUAUAGAUGUAUAAUGAGAAGUUCUAUAUAGGAUGCAGUUUCUUUGGUCACAUAAGCUGAAAAUAACCUCAAGCCUUAGAAAGCUGCAGUCAGGCUUCAAUGCCAUAAAAUGCAAAUGUACCACAUUUGAAUAAUUAAAAAUUUACUCCUUUUAGGCUAAGACAAUACAUAUUUCUUGACAAUACAAAUUUCUUGUUCCAUGUACAAAUAAUUUUAGCAAAAUACUGGACUUGCUGUAGUAUGAUUUUACGUUCAUUGACAGUGACAACCGUAUUUCAAGUUAUGUAGCAGUCAUGAUUUUCACAUUCAUAUUUUUGCAAAAUGUUCAGAAAAGCACCUUAUCAACCAAGGCGAUCGAAGAACAAGUAUAAAAGGUUAUAGAUGAUUCUCGUUAUAAAUAUACGAAAUGCAACAGAUUCCAGCCUUAGAUUUUCGAAAAAAUUAACAACAGUCAGCCUGAACUUAAAUUUACUGGUUCUUAUAAAAAAAGAGUGUAACUCGAACUAAGGGAUUAACCUCGAUCCUUUGUUUCUUUCGGACUCCAAUCUGUGUCGAUUUGCAUCUUGUUUUUGAAAAAAGAGAGACUAGAAACCAACAAUAUUUUUGUGCACGGAUUUUGUAAAAUGUGAAAAUCUUUGACAACACAAGCAGUAACCAAAACCCUAAAGAGGGUCCAGAGUUGAAAAAUAUGGAUUGCGAAAUUGGACAUUCAAAGAAGUCCCACGAGGUGUACCUCGAUUUUUAGGCGAAAGUUGUAUCAGAGGGUGCAAAACGUGAAGUGAUUCUUACUUCUUUUCAGUACAGAUAUAAAGACAAAAAGAUGGACUCCCAAUCGAUUUCUUUUCAAAACACUGAUAAAACAGCGCGUUGACAACUAUUAAAGAUUAGGGGGUUUAAACAAGCAAAAUAUCAUCAUGCAACGUCCUUAGGCCAUUAUAAAUAUAUGUUGAGUUAUUGUACAAUCUUUCACGGGAUCCUACAAACGAAUCCUGAAGAGUCGAGAAAUAUUAAGACUCCACGUCACCUAAAUAUACAGAAAAACUGAAGGUCGCAUUAAAAGCACUGGUCAUAAAUUUUGGGAUUUAUUUUUAGCAUAUUCUUAAAUUUUGGGAUAUCAUUUUGAAAAUAAAGGGGGUUUUGUUUACUUGAUUGAGUUGUUGGAUUUUUGCAAAUUUGAAUUAAAUUUAAAGGUGAAUAUUUCAUAUUGUAUCGAAAUUUGUGGGUAGGAUUUUAAAAAAUUUAUGAAUUUUAAGGUAUGUUUUCAUAUUACAAAAUGGCACACCCCCGUCCUCCGCCUAUUGAAGUUCCCUGUGGUGUGAAGGAGAUCAUCAUUGGCGGGAAAUUUGAAUGAAUUUUGGCACAGGAGACUUUUGUUUCAGAAUUUGGCGGGAAUCUAGUCCAAAUUUGCAUAUGCUUAUAAAUACCUGGUUUCUUUGCUAUUCAAUUAGUUGGCACAAAAGAGUCGGUGCUGGUGCAAAACACUCAUGUCUUCAUCUUGGCCUACAACGGCAUGUAAACCUAGGUAAGAACUUUUUGUCAAGUACAAGAUUUAGGAGUAUGUCUACUAAUGUCAAUUGAUAAUGCCAUUCGCAAUUAUUAGGUUGUCAUGUUAAUCGAAAUGAAGCAGGCGAAACUAAUCCAAUACAAAACUGUGAUUCUGCUUCCUUAUUGUUGCUAUAUGCUUUCGAUUUUUAAAACUAAUCUAUCGUAUCGGAUUCUUACAAAAGACUCUUACAACCUGUCUUUAUUCAAAACAAAAAUAUAGAAGCCUGAUCUUUUCUCUCUCUCUUCCUAAUCCCUCCUCCCUUUUCCUUGUUAGCGCUUAGCUAUAUGCUCUUGAGCCUUCCCUAGAAUUACCAACUAAAGAAAAAGACGUCAUUGGCAGACGUCAGAGCUUGAAGAAGUAGUUUUGACACGUCUCAGCUGGAUCUACAAUUGGGCAUUUGCAAAUAGAAUUACAUCUUGUGACAUACCAAUUCGUUGUACAAAUAUUAUUGCCGAUUUCGAACUAAUAAAAAGCGAUCGUAAGGCAAUUUUUGAACAUCUAUCUUGCGCUAUGUAUUUAGUUACGUUGUGUAAAGGAAUACCAAAUAUAAUGGCUAUAUUGGAAAGAAGGAUUACCAAGGCCAAGUCAGAGGCUUUCGCCAAAGAGUACUUUAAGAUCAAUUUGGAUUCUUCCUUCUUCUGGUCAUCUUCUUAUGGUCAUCUUCCUAUGAUAUUUUAGUGGUAUAUUUAGUGAACAUUUCCCCUAAAUGAUUCUGGCCUUCUAUCACAGCGUUGAUUUUUGCUAUCAGCUUCGAAAUAACGUGAAUAUUUGCUCCAACUGAACCAGUCCUGUAAAAAAUAUUUAUAUUUUUUAAAUUAUUAACAAAAUCAAAAUUAAGUUCCACAAAGAGUCUAAAAAUCCCCAUUUUUACAAAAAUAUCUUGCAGAAUUUAAGGAAAGAUCACACAUACAUUUAGUGGAAUCAAUAAAUGAAAGUCAUUUUAAAUAGUAUCUUAAAAGCAAUAAAUGAUUUAUUUUAUCUAGAAUCAUACAUCAUCUGCUCGUCUUAUAGCUGGUAUUUCAAAAGAGACCUAAAGGAACCCAAGCUCGAGCUGCUGCUUUAAUUUCCUUCAACAAACGAAUAUGGGUGGCAACAUCUAAUGAAUCCUAGGACAGAAAAGGACGUUCUUACUUUAUGUGAAGACAGAGAAGCAAAAUCUCACUCUAGCUGAAGAUGUACAUCUGAGUCAUCGUGAGCUAUGUUAAUUUGAUAUUUGAUUAAUUCAAAACUUCGGUAUAGGUUGCAAAAAUACUAACAACAAAAAUGAAUGUAACGUAUCGAUGGACACAUUUACGACAUUGAACGAUACAAGCUGCAAGAAUCAACAAACCUUGAACAAUAUUGACAAAUUGUAAGUUAUCUAUUUUUUUAAGAAUGUGCCUUUUUUAAGAAUUUUACCUCCAGCUCGAAGGUAUUCUUUUGAAAUGUUUGUUUCGUCAGUUCAAGAAAUAUCCAAAUGUCCUUGCACUCUAUCAACUUUUUUCUAGCAAUAUCAUCCAAAUAUGGUCAUCAUUUUUGCUUAAAAUAGUAUAUUUAGCUAAAAAACGAUAUCAACUAAACAAAAUUGACCUUAAAAUGAAAAAAGCGGUUAAUAAUUCCUCAACGUACAACGAAGACAAGGUAAAAAGGUAAAUUAGAAAGCUUCCAGCUAUGCUCACAUGGUAUCGUACAACUAUUCCAAAAAAGAUGAGCAUUUUUCUUCAGAUGAAGGAUUUCGUGACGAGGGUCCUCUCCUGAAGACGUUAUCUUACGCCAAUGUUUUUCUGCAUAUAGCAUGUGAAGCUUAUCAGCUGACAAGAAACUUUAAGUCACUUACAAAAGGACUGUUUGACUGGCAAUGAAUUUUUAAUCUUGAGACAUCUUCCCAUUGUGCUUUUAUUUACAGGCUAGGAGAAGAGGUGGUGACCUUCCAGGAGUAAAAUCUACCAGCAAAGAAACCUUCCCUAUUCAACCCACAAUCAGGCAAUUUCAACGUUCAGCAAUUGAAUUUAUCGAUUGACUAAUCAAGGACGGAACAUGUGACAGCAUAAACUCCUUUGCAGCUUCACCUUAGAAUAUCACAU